AUGGUUCUAGUAUGCAUUUGCUUACUUUGCCUGCUCAGAGGUCCUACUGCAGAAAAUACAAUUACACCGGCUCAUUCAAUAAAAGAUAGCAACGCAGACACUUUAAUAGCAGCAGACGGAGUCCUUGAACUUGGUUUCUUCAGUCCAGGUAGUUCGACAGAACGAUACCUAGGAAUUUGGUACAAAGAUAUACCAAUCAGAACAGCAGUAUGGGUAGCCAACAGAGAAACUCCAAUUUCUGAUACAUCAGGAAUUUUAAGUAUAACUAGCCAAGGAGUUCUUCAACUCACUAACAGCACAAACAGUUUAUUUUGGUCAUCCAAUACGUCGAGACCUUCUCAGAAUCCAGUUGCACAGCUCCAGGAAUCAGGAAACCUUGUGGUCAGAGAUGGUGAGGACAUUUUAUGGCAGAGUUUUGAUCAUCCAUCGGAUACCUUACUACCAGGAAUGAAACUUGGAAAGAAUUUCAUCACAGGUAAAGAAACGUUUUUAUCAUCCUGGAAGAGUGCAGAUGAUCCAGCUCCAGGGGACUUUUCGCUUCGGAUAGAUUCUCGUGGAUAUCCACAACUUGUUAUAAUGAAGGGACCUAAAUUUCUGUAUCGUGACGGUUCAUGGAAUGGAAUUCGGUUUAGUGGAGCUCCUGAGAUGAAGAAAAAUGAUGUAUACAGCUUUGAAUUCAUAUUCAAUGAGACAGAAGUAUACUACACAUAUGAGCUCUAUAUUAAUUCAGUUGUUUCGAGGCUAGCUGUGAAUCAGUCAGGUCUUUUGCAACGUUAUGUGUGGGUUGAUCGAACAAAAACUUGGAACGUUUACUUAUCCUUGAUGAUGGAUAACUGUGAUGUCUAUGCUUUAUGUGGUGCAUACGGUAGCUGCAACAUCCAAGGUUCUCCUGUAUGUGAAUGCUUGGAAGGAUUUGUACCCAAGUCUCCAAAAAAUUGGGGUUUAUUAGAUUGGGCUGAUGGUUGUGUUCGAAGGACUGAACUGAAUUGUAGUCAGGAUGGUUUUCGAAAGCUUAGCGGAAUGAAAUUACCUGACACUUCAUCCUCUUGGUUUAAUGGAACCAUGAGCCUCAAGGAGUGCAGGGAAAUGUGUUUGAAAAACUGUUCUUGCACCGCCUAUGCAAAUUCUGAUAUCAAGGGAAGUGGAACUGGCUGCUUGCUUUGGUUCAAUGAACUGAUGGAUGUGAGAGUAUUCAAUGAAGGUGGACAGGAACUGUACAUACGGAUGGCUGCUUCAGAACUAGAUCAGAUUGGGAAGCAGAGGCAUACGGAUGGGAAGAAACUAAGGAUCAUAGAAAUUUCGUCCAUAGUUGUCAUUGGAAGUCUGAUAACAGGAGCACUAUUUUUUAUCUGGAAGAAGAAACAUCAAAUCCAAGUGUCAACAGAAAUUGAAGAAAGGAAGGAUGAAGAUGCAAAUAACGACAUUGAAUUACCAAAAUAUGAUUUCGAUACUAUAGCAAUAGCUACUGACAACUUUUCAAGCAAGAACAAGCUUGGAGAAGGAGGUUUUGGACCUGUAUACAAGGGUACUUUGAGAGAUGGACAAGAUAUAGCAGUGAAAAGACUCUCGGGAAACUCUGGCCAAGGACUGACAGAAUUCAAGAAUGAAGUUAGCUUGAUUGCACGACUUCAGCACAGAAAUCUUGUGAAGCUUCUUGGUUGCUGUAUUCAAGGAGAUGAGAGGCUGCUGAUCUAUGAGUACAUGCCCAACAAAAGCUUGGAUUACUUUAUAUUUGACAGAAAUAGCAUCACAAUGCUAAAUUGGCAUAUGCGCUUUCACAUCAUUUGUGGGAUUGCUCGCGGGCUUCUUUAUCUUCAUCAAGACUCCAGACUGAGAAUUAUCCAUAGAGAUUUGAAAGCUAGCAAUGUUUUGCUAGAUAAAGCCAUGAAUCCCAAAAUUUCAGAUUUUGGUAUGGCUAAAACAUUUGGAGGAGAUCAAAGUGUCGCAAAUACAAAUAGAGUUGUCGGAACAUAUGGCUACAUGUCACCUGAGUACGCUAUUGAUGGACUCUUUUCAGCAAAAUCAGAUGUCUUUAGCUUUGGUGUUUUGUUACUGGAAAUUUUGUGUGGGAAGAGAAAUAGAGGAUUUCAUCACUCAGAUCACUAUCUUAACCUACUCGGACACGCAUGGAGAUUGUGGAUGAAUGAGAGACCACUGGACCUAAUCGAUGAAUUUUUGCUGAACAAUUGUGCUGUAUCUGAAGUGUUGAGGUGUAUUCAUGUAGGACUGCUGUGUGUUCAACAACUACCAGAAGACAGGCCGAACAUGGCUUCUGUGGUUCUGAUGUUGGGGAGUGAUAAUUCAUUGCCUCAGCCAAAGCAACCUGGUUUCUACACAGUAAGGAAUCCUCUUGGGAUAGAAUCUUCAUCAUAUUCAGUAAAUGAAAUUACCUCUACAUUGGUAAAGGCACGAUAGAUAGAAUUAGUAUUGAGAGACUUUUCUCAUGAAAUGCAAAGCUACGAGAGAGUCCUGAAAUUUGCUUUCUUACUUUAGUAAUCUUUCGUCACAUUCACAAACCUACUAUGCUGAUCUUGAUAUGUCUUAUGGACUUGUGAUCAUGAUCAUGGUUUCCAUGAUACAUAUAUAACCAAUCAGAUGGAAGAACUCUGUGAAUUAUUGCCCUGGU